AUGCAACUCACCCCUCUCACCAUUGCCACCCUCCUAACCAUCGCAGGCGCCGUCGCCAUCUACAAACCGGCCACCGGCGACCGAGUCGACGUCUCCAAGGACUGGCAAGUCUGCUACAAUGCCGUCAACACCGACCCCCAGCAGUUCUGCCUCUACAUCACCAACUUCGUCGAAUACCCUCCGCAGAUCCUCGAUCUGCUCAACCGCCAGCCGGUGCAGCGGGACGCGGGCUGCGUGACGAUCCCUGGGAAGUGUUAUCCGGGACUGCGGACGACAAGUCCCUAUCGCGUGCGGGCGGCGGAGUGCGGGGAUCCGAAUACGAUCUACGCCGAGUCCGGGGAUUUCUGGCCGUCUCAGUCCAAGUGCCUAGCGACGACUCUUGCUAGGGUUGUCAGGGAGUAA